UUAAGGUGGAUAUAAUUGUGAGAUUUCAAUAAAUAUUCCACCUUUUCUAAAAUCUUUGAUACUUUGUAUAGGAAAUCCAUGGCAUCGAAGAUUCCUCAGUUGCAAUCAAAGGUGAGCCAAGCAUCACAAGUAGUGGCAAAACAUGGAGCUUCAUACUAUAAACUGUUGUUGGAGCAGAAUAAACACUACAUCCAGGAUCCACCCACGAUUGGAAAGUGCCAAUUAUUGGCGAAACAAUUGUUUUAUACUCGCCUUGCAAGUAUACCCCAUCGUUACAAUUCAUUCUGGAAGGAAUUGGACCAUGUAAAGGACCUAAUGAAGAAUAGGCAGGAUCUAUACAUAGAGAAUGCCGGCAUUGCUGCUUUGUUUGGACUUGAGUGUUUUGCGUGGUUUUAUGGGGGUGUGAUUGUGGGCAGAGGAUUUACAUUCACGGGCUAUUAUGUUUAAGUGUGACUGCUAUAAGACUAUACAACUAUUAGCUUAAUUAUUGAUAUUGGUAUGUUUAGGAACUUU